AUCCAGCUCCUCGCCAGAGUUUUUCUUUCCAAUUCCGUCUUCUUGCUUUAGUAGCUCUAAUGUCUUCCAAUAUCCCUGGAGGCACUGAAGAAGAACACAGCAGCAGCGAGUCCGGGUGGACUAAAUACAUUGGCUCGCCCUCCUCGGAAACUCUUUACUCUGAUGAACAGGAAGACAUCUACAACAACAAGAACAAGUGUGAGAUUAACAAUGAUAACAGCGAUAGUGAUCAGGAGAGUGAUGAUUCUAUGGCUUCAGAUGCGUCUUCUGGACGAAGUCAUCACAAACUUCCAGGAAAAAGCAGUAAGCAAAGUCAUGCAGGGAUGGAUUGUUACCAGAAAGCAGCUAGUAAGUAUUCCUCUGAAGAGAAAUUGCCCAAACAGGUGAUCAAAGACCAAAGAAGUAGCAAAACAGAUAAGAAAGAGUCAGUGCUGAAGGCAAAGAAUGCUGCUAGUCAUGUUUCAAAAGUGAAGCAAAGGUAAGGAUAAGCCAGGGAGAAUAGGCCUUACCCAUAUUUCCCCAUUCUCAUAUAAUGUGUUUCGCUGCGUUAUCACAAUAUAUUCCAAGAAGAUGAAAGCUAGCACAUCAAAUCUAUGAUUUUGGAACUUUCAGUGUGACUGAGUACUGGUGAAGAUGUUUGAAUGUAUUUUAUGGGUUCUAUGAAGCAUCUGUACAUGAGCCCUACCACCCUUGUGAGUAUUAUUAUUUUCUGCAAAACUAAAGUAUUCCUAAUAUC